CACUUUAACAUGGCGAGCGGCGGUGAAGCGAGGCUACAGUAUGAGGAAGCGCCGGCGUCUUUCAAAUCCGUGGUGUGGAGACAUUUCGGUUUUGCCGUUGAGUAUAAUGCCGAGGAAGAAAAAACGGUAAACAAAAAAAUGACUGUCUGCAAGCAUUGUUUUACACGUGUAGCCUACUCAAACGGAAACACUUCCAACAUGACUGCACAUCUGCGGUGCCAUCACCCAGCAAUAACACUGUCUGAAGGCAGGAUAUCAGAGCAGGUAAUAAAGUCCUCCAAAAAACAACAGUCCCUCGCUGAAUCCUUCCAGCAUACAUACCCAACUGGUUCCGAGAGACACAUAAAAAUAACAAAGGCAGUGGGGGUGUUCAUUGCCAAAGAUUUGCAGCCGUUUUCGGUGAUUGGAGAUGCGGGCUUUUGUCAUUUUAUAAAAACACUCGAUCCGCGUUACAGAUUACCGUCUCGCACUUUUUUCAGCACCGAGAUAAUUCCCGACCUCUAUGAAAAGACAUGCAACAGUAUUGUGUACAAACUGGCAGAAGAACUGAUUCAGGUCCUCACACCACUGAAAACAGUGACAACUCUCAUGAGCAGUGAAACAACCCCCACUAUAUCAAUGAUCCUUCCUCUGAAAGAGAUGAUUCUCAAAUCCAUGUCACCAGGAGACCAGGACAGUGCAACAGUCAAAGAAGCCAAAGCAGCCAUUUCAAAUGACCUGGCAAAGAGGUACACUGACCCUAAUCUUCAUGAUUACCUCCAAAUGGCCACAGCCCUUGACCCCAGGUUUAAAUCCCUGCCUUACCUUGAUGAAGACUCUUGUGAUAAGCUCUACAGGAAUAUCAUCCGUGAAAUUCUGGAGCAUGAACACCAGGGUCUAGUGGAGAAUCCUGUGCCCUCCACAGAGGAAGACAAUCCAUCCUCUCCCCCUCCCAAGAAGAAGACAGCAAUGUCAGAGGUAUUUGGGGAGCUUUUCAAAACUGAGGAACAGCAGGGUAGGCCAUUUCCCCAGAUCAUUGAGGAGGAAGUCACCACAUACAAGUUAGCAGACAGUAUUCAUGUGGAUGCUGAUCCAUUCAUAUGGUGGAAAACAAAUGAAUGCAAGUUCCCCCAUGUAGCAAAAGCUGCACAACAACACCUCUGUGUCCCAGGAACCUCUGUUGCGAGUGAGAGAAUUGUAUCCACUGCUGGGGACAUUGUAAGUGCAAAACGCUCUCUCCUUGCUGCAGAGAAUGUUGACAGGCUUAUCUUUUUACAGAACAACCUCAAAAUACAGGAAUAG